CAACGCGUCCUCUCGUGCAAAAGCGUGGUGAAUGCGAAGCUGCUCUCCUUCUUCACCGCGAUGGCCUGUUUCUUUCUCACCAUCCCGGCGGCACUAAUAGGAGCUGCGUCAAAAACCGCAAACUUCACGGCGGCGGGCUAUCCGGGGCCCGCAGUACUGGAUGACAGCGGCGCGGUUAUUGCGAGUGCAAUCCGCUACAUGACUCCAAACACCGUGUCCAUUCUCGGCUUGGCCGCCAUCACUUCGGCCGUCCUGUCGUCGGCGGACUCGUCCAUGCUCAGCGCCUCGACCAUGAUCACCCAGAACAUAUAUCGGACAACCUUAAGACCUAGGGCGACGGUGUUGGAGAUCGGCCUGGUGCUGCGACUGGCGAUCUGGAUUAUGGGCGCGGUAGCCACGGUCAUGGCACUCUACGUCAAUUCUGUCAGCGAUUUUUGGGCCCUGAGCUCGGACGCGGUGUACGUGCUGCUCUUUCCCCAGCUGGUCGGCGUCUUUUACGCACGGAAGCGGACAAACUCCUACGGCUCCUUCAUUGGGUUUUCAGUCGGCGCCUUGUUUCGGGUCCUGUGCGGAGAACCCCUGGUGAACCUUCCCGUCAUUCUGAAGCUGCCCAUGUACGACGAGAGGCUCGGCCAGCAGUUUCCCUUCCGCACCUUGUCCAUGGUGCUCAGCUUCGUCACCCUGAUGGCCACAUCCCAUCUGGCGAAGAGGCUGUUCACCAAGGGUGUCCUUCCCCAAAAGUACGAUGUGUGCUGUUGUUUCAUGCCCGCUGCAGCCAAGGACACUGCCGACAAGGACAAAAAAGCAGACAACACUUCGAAGGGCGAAAAACAGAGUUCUGGAAAAAAAACCAGCAGCGCUCCUCCAACAAACGCUCCGAGCAUGCUUGAGAUCGAAGAAAACACGGGCGAGGCUUUGCCGAGUGCCGUUUCAACUGCCUCGCAGAAAACAGCUAUCGCCGGCUCUUCCAAAACCACAGUCGCUCCCCAAGAACAGGCUGCCGAUGGCUCUCAACAGGAUGACGUCGGGAAAACCUCCAAAGAAGAAGCUGCGGGCACGAGCAAAAAAGCUGCCGGUCACAACAAAAAGAAAAAGCACAACCGCAAAGACAAAUCAAAAACGGACAGUGUCGCAAGCAGCGCGAAGAAGGAGACGGCGACCUCUGACAAGGAAGGUGCCGAUUCCUUUGGCUAAGACACAACCUAUGCCUGUGAUUCGCGGUGGUGCCCUACUAUAUAUACAGAAUGCAAUAUCACUGGUAGUAUGUGGGAGAAUGCAUUUCAAGCUUUACGAAAUAAUCUUAGGGUUUUCUUCUUUCUUUCUUUUUAACGGGGUUUACUAAUCCAAUAAUUGUUAAGCCCUAAAUUCGAAUCACGUACAUUCUACAAAGAAUGUUUGCUGACCUGCCGUGACACUACCCGGAAAAUGUGGACGCUUUUUGAUGACCUUAGAAUUAGUUUUUGAUAGAAUGUUUUAAGGGCCAUUGUAUUUACUUUAGAACAAUUAGCUGCUUUUGGUGAUUGCUUUUAUAUAAUUUUAAAUGGCCGCUUCGGCACAAUGACCUGAUGAUUGUAUAUAAAAUGAAACCAAAAUGCUGAGUUAUUUCUUGCUUUUCUUAUUGAAUCACCUUUACCCCCAAAGAGCUGUUGAAAGACUUGGAUGCUUUCCUAUUCUCCACUUACUGUGACCUGGCGUUGCAUGCAAUGACAGGUAUUUAAUGAGUUCGCUUAUGUAUUAUGUGGAGCUUUUUUUUAAAUGAGCCAAAUUUAGUUUUGGAUUUUAUGGUUAAAUAGCAAGUAAAGAAUAAUUUAUUUUUAUUUUUUUAACACCUCGUUUUUUUUUAUUUAGGAACGUGCCACAAACUGUUAAUAAUAUUCAAAUUCAAUGUGUAUAGGAAACACACCUUUUUUUCCCGAUUUUCGUUUUACAUUGACUUGCUCAUUUAGGAAGAAUAUAUGCUCAUAAAUUCACGCAUAGGAGUAAGUAAACACUUGCUUGCAGACAAAACGGUAGUUGCUUCAGAGGAAAGCAUUUCAAAUGGGACUUCCAGUGGUAUCUUAGUUAUUAUAAAAUAAGUAUAUUUAAAAUACGCGCCCAAUUUCGCUCGUGACUAUACUUGUUAGCUAAAUUUUUUUUCUGAGGUUACUUCAGUUUUUACAUUUCGAAACUAAACUAACAAACUAAUGAAACCUCCCCUAAUGUUUAUGGCUUUUUCUCCGAUGUCGUACUCCUCUGAACAUAAAGGUCAAUCUUAUUAUUUGGCGUUUAUCGUAUCUUGAAAAGAGUGAGCGCGAUUAAAACCGGUCAGUUUUGAAUCGGCGGUUUUCGGGCGGAUAGAACACAAAUGUCAAGCCGUAAAUUGUGUUUUGGGUAGUUGGGCUCUUAUAUGUCGUGUACAAAUAUAAACCUUGGCGAGCAUAGAAACCCCGCCAGUCUCUCCUUAUAUAAACUAAAAACUCAUUCAGAAAAAAAAAUAAAAUCAAAUGUUUUCUGGUUAAUGUAGCGUCUCUGAGGUCUGAAAUUAUCCUCCAAAUGGGGAGGAACGCUCAAAAUAACUAUAUUCACGUCGAAACAUUUUUGCCGUAUAUGUAAAAUGUUAUUGAAUAAAAUGGCUCACUAAAAGGGCGAUAAACGGCAAAUAUCUUUUGACCCAAUCUGUAAAAAAAUGUUUUUACGUGACGCGGCAAGCUAUCUACACUCGCAUAAAAAUACAAGGAUGACACCCUCGGUCUCCAAAAAAAUCUUCGAGGCACUGCCUUUAAACAUUAGUGAGGGAGUUACAAAACGUAUUUAUGAAAGAAACGGAUACAUCACGAACUGUUGGUAAAGUUUUCCAAUCGUGAAGGGGAAGGUGGUUAUGGGAAGGUUAGCGUAAGGAGGCUAAAUGUAACAGGCGAUCCGUAAUGAGAUUACGAAACAAAUAUAGGAAUGCACAAUUCUUUUCUUUGCGAGUGCUCAAGCCUGAGGCGAGUCCAUGCACCGUACGUGGCUGAUCUCGCCUCUUCAGGGAGUCAGUUUAUGGCGUUGUAACGUUGCUCACGACCCCCUCGUACAUCCAGACGAGAUGGAUGCACGUCGCGGAAAUCCCGCGGUACGUGCAGAGCAGAUCGGGGCCGGGAUUUUUGGGUACGGUCGUACGGUGAAACCUUCCCAGCCAAACUGGGCUAAUGGCUGUCUUUGUUUGAAGCCUGCGUAUGCAGACCCGUUUCCGCCUGCUGUAAUUAGGAGGGAUAGGGUCGGCAUCGCCAGAGUAGGGCAGAGAGCCUGAGCUUCCUUGCAGCCCUCUCCUCUUUCUUGAUCUCUUCAAUGUCGGCAGAAGUUCCGGGUUUUCUUCCAUGAGGGGAAGGGGGCGUGUAUAGGUGAGGGCAUGAAACCUGCAUGUAGAUGCGUCCUCACGGCCUCGUUCGCCCUCUCGUUCCCAGGAACACCUUCGUGCCAAGAGACCCACGAAAACACGACGUUGACUAGUGGAUGAGAUUCAACGAUGACGCUCUUGAUUUCCUCCACCAUUGGAUUUCUGCUGUCGCCUCGGCCGCAUAUUUCGAGGGCUUCACACAAUUUGUGAAGAUGCGUGAAGAUAAGGCAGUGGACGCAGGGACUAUUUCGGGAAGGUGAUGAGCCUCUUUCUUGGAUAGCGUGAAGCAGCGCUAGUAGCCCCGCCUUUUUCGGGGUGCUGGUCUUGUGCAUGGUGCCACUCCACGUGGUGACCUUGGAGACGGAGUGCCAGACAAUCGCUGAGCGGCCCGCGUCGUCUCUGGCAGCAUCUGAAUACAUGACUUCGGCGCUGGUCAAUGAAUUGAGCUCAUCAAGGUGCUUGUUGGCCGUAUUCUUGCUACUUCAUUUGUGUUGUUUUCCUUGAUGAGAACCGGUUUGAUCGGAACGACGAUCUUGUUCUUCCAUAGCGGAGAGGGAGUUGGCAUUGCUGCUGUGUUUGUGAGGACCUCAUAUUUCUCGAGUUUGGUGAGGGUGAUACUGUCUGGUGGAGAUCUGGAUAGGCUAUUUUGAGCUUGGCCUUGACUCUGGCGGUUCUUCUUGUCCUGUACGUUAUUAGAGCCGACAGUGUCGAAGCCCAGAGAUUCGUGAGUUAAAGAUCCGGCGCAGGAGUAUCCUCCUUGACUUAGUACGUGGUCUUGGAAAGAUUUACAGCUUCCACGAUUCUGCGGUCAAGCAAAAGGUCUUUGACACUGUACAUGUUGGCACGAAAGGAAUCCCAAUCGAAAAAGGUGAUGGGCGUCUUGCGAGACACUCGCAGCAGGAGAACUUUGCUGAUGGGAAGGCGAUCACUUCCCACAGGGUCAAGCAGCGUCUUAAACCUAACCUUACGUUUCUUGGUAGCCUACGUGAGAUCGGGUGAUGUAUCCGUUUCGGAUUCGUGUUGAGAGAGUCUGGUGUGAGCCCCCAUGUCGUUGUAUAGUUGUAGGGGCAGGCAGCCUUCAGCUCUUCGCCCCCGUCGUGUUUCUAAUUUCGUACUCCUGCGCAGUGUGCAUGGCGUUGAAUUCUCCAGCAAUGAUGGUGGGCGUCCCUGCGUCCACUGCUCCGCAACUAGAAGAAGUCGUAUUCGUUGACCCCAGGUCUACUGUACACGCUGAUUACAUCUACGCUUAGAGGUUUCAGUUUGGGUUGUAUCAAAA